AUGCUGCGACAUAAACGUGGUAUAAGAUCAUUUAUGGUACUCAGGCGACAUUACGUCAGAAUUGUCUCAGUCUCAGUACUGACUGUUGUAAUCCUCUUCCUCUUUCUACACAUUAGAGAUAACAUCAAUGGUGCCGCCGAUAAAUCUUACGUCAUCACCAAGAAGAGUCCUGUCCAUGACUGGCAAGAGGAGAAAAUACUUCGUUCCUACAAAGAAACGAAAGAUUAUUUCUUCUCAAGGAAAAAUAAAUCGGAGGGCAAUACCGAAACUCAGAUACGAUUCACUCUGCAGCAAAAUGGUUUUUCAGAGGCACAGGGUUAUAUAAGGAAUACAACACGUAAUGAAAGUGAAACUCGUGAAAUAGAUCAUCAUUUCGAUCAGCAAGAAGACAUUGCUCAGCAAGGUCAUGACAAGACUGAUAAGAUAGCUAAUAACAUGGGUCAUCAAAUUGUUCAACAAGGAGACAUCACACGGAAGCAGGGUGGCCCGGAGAAUGAGAUUAUUCAACAAAAAGAUCAAGUUCAGCAAGGCCCAGACGCACAUCGAUUCGUUCGACAAAACGAUAUAAUUGUUAAGGAUAUUGACACGGGUCAUCAGCUUUUACAACAAGGGGGCGUCGCUCAGAAGAAGGAUGACACGGGUCAUCAGAUUUUACAACAAGGGGGCGUCGCUCAGAAGGAGGAUGACACGGGUCAUCAGCUUUUACAACAAGGGGGCGUCGCUCAGAAGGAGGAUGACACGGGUCAUCAGCUUUUACAACAAGAAGGCGUCGCUCAGAAGAAGGAUGACACGGGUCAUCAGCUUUUACAACAAGGGGGCGUCGCUCAGAAGGAGGAUGACACGGGUCGUCAGAUUUUACAACAAGAAGGCGUCGCUCGGAAGGAGGAUGACACGGGUCGUCAGCUUUUACAACAAGGGGGCGUCGCUCGGAAGGAGGAUGACACGGGUCGUCAGCUUUUACAACAAGAUCAUGACAUUCAUCAACUUAGACAUAUUAAUGAAAUGAAGAUCAACGAAAAACCGUUUACGCCAGAUGAGUAUCCACUAAAUGGGAAUCUAUCUGAUAUCGUGCGUCAGUAUCAAACAAAGGGAUAUGCCGAUGAGAAACCAAUAAAUGUUUUUGAUCACCGCUACAUCAUUCAUCCAGACCAAACAUGUAGUGGAAACGAUACAAUAAAGGUGCUAUUUGUAGUGAAAAGUAGUCCAGACCACAGCAUGAGGAGGGCAAUAAUUCGUAAAACAUGGGCCGACAGAAAACGAUUCCCCUGGACUAGGACUGUUUUCUCCUUCGGGAUACCAGAAUAUAGCAAAUCGUUAGUAAAUCUCCAAGAAGAAUCUGCCAAAAGCAAUGACAUUCUCCUUGUAAGUUAUUCUGAUACCUACUACAAUCUGACCCUGAAAACUAUACAUGGAAUGCGGUGGGCAGUAACUAAUUGUGCACGUGCUAUGUACGUAGUGUCCCUAGAUGAUGACAUCUACGUUGCACCCGAUUUACUGCUUGGUUUUCUUGACAAACUUCCGGUACGAAAAACAAUAAAACUCUUCAACGGUCAUUUGAUGACUGCCACUUCCCCAGUACGGGAUGCAAAAGGAACUUUCCAAAAGUGGUAUGUUACAACAAAUGAAUACCCCUUUCAAAACUAUCCUGAUUAUAUAUUCGGAGGGUUUGUUAUCAUGUCAAUGUCUACAGUGAAAUCCUUUACCAUAGCAGCACAGUUUACCAAGAUAUUGAAAUUUGAGGAUGUGUAUUUGGGGAUUUUAGCAGCAAAACUUGGAAUAGAAGCGACAUUUAACAGUUAUGUUGAUUCUAGAAAAACAAUAACUGCUUCGGAAUCAUUUAAAACACUCAUAGCAUCUCAUUUUUACAAGGAUCCGUUUGAUUUACAAAAAGCUUGGGAAUGUCAUUUAAGUAUCAUUGAAAAUGAUAGUUCCAAGAGUAUAUUUUGUGUUACCAUAAACACGCGUUUGCAUGAACUGCAAUCUGAAAUAGACAAAAUCGUCGAUAUGGUGGAAUCUGUGAAGAAAUACGUGUGA